AUGUCAGUCGCCGACAUGGAUCCCGCGCAGCGUCUCAAAGAUCGGAAGCCGAUCCCGAAGCCUGUCCCGGCUUAUCUCCCGACCGCCGGCUCGGUGCUCACAGUCGACAAGGAACUGUACGGAUCCGCGCAGCAGGCGAAGAGAGUCUUGAUUGAAGAGUUUACGCUGCCGAUUCGGUCCGGAAGAGCAUGGAAAGCACCCGCCGGGUCAAUUGUGAGGAUCAGCACACCGGAGGGUCCUCAAGUCGAACAAGGGGCGCUCAUCCUGGCCACAGGCGAUUUGAACAUUUGGAACGCGCACAACCCCCGCGAACGCUUCUGGGCGAGUCGCACCAAGCAACUUCACGCCAGCCACGUUUCGACGGGCGACCGCCUCUGGUCCAAUUUGCCUUACAUGCGCCCGCUGGCCACCAUCAUCAAGGACUCUCUGGACUGGUACGGCGAGGAUGAGCACGGUGGACGCGUACACGAUCUCCUCGGCACGCGUUGUGAUCCGUACAUCAACACGGUUCUCAGCGGCGGCAACUACAACUUCCAGUGCCAUUCUAACUUGACACGCGCGGUGCUGCCGUACGGGCUGAACGAGCAAGAUGUCCAUGAUGUGAUUAACAUUUUCCAAGUAACUGGUUUGGAUGAGCAGGGGCGGUACUUUAUGAACCCCUGUCCUGCGCAGCCUGGGGAUCACAUUGAGUUUUUGGCUGAGCAGGAUCUCUUGAUGGCUUUGAGCACUUGCCCUGGUGGUGACCUCUCGCUUUGGGGCUUUGGGGAGGACAGUGAGGAGGAGAUGAUCAAGUGCUGUCGCCCGCUCAAAGUUGAGGUGUUUCGUCUUGAGGACGAGAGUCUCCUGCAACGCGGUGGCUGGAAGCCGGCCGAGGUUUCCAAGUAUAGCGGGCGUCAUGGGAUGGGCAUUCCUCUGGGGGAAGUUCGCAAGUGA